AUGGAGGUCCAUGUUAUGUUAAAAAUUUGUGUGUCCAUUUUUUUGGUUGGUGUUAUGGGAGUGUUUGUGCUUGUGUACAAAGCUCUGAUGAUGGAACCGGAGAGAGUUCGAUCCAUUCUGAGGAAGGAGGGAAUAGGCGGACCACCGCCAACUUUGCUUCUUGGUAAUCUCUUGGAGUUCAGAAAGCGGCAACCCCCGGCUGCACCCAUGUCUACCAGUGAAACCACACUCAACCACAAUUGGGUUGUCACUCUCUUCCCCUUUUUCGAGCAGUGGAGAAAGCAAUACGGUAAUUUGUUCAUGUUUUCACUUGGUAACAAAGUAAUAUUAUAUGUGAGCCAAACUGAUUUGGUGAAAGAGAUAACAACCUACACAUCCUUGGACUUGGGGAAGCCUUCAUAUCUCCAAAAGGAGUUCGGUCCAUUCCUUGGUCAGGGCAUUGUAACUUCAAAUGGACCAACCUGGGCUCAUCAAAGGAAAAUCAUUGCUCCCGAAUUAUACGUGGACAAGGUCAAGGGAAUGAUAAACCAAAUAUUUGAGUCCACCGAUAUACUACUAAAUGAAUGGAAGAGUAGAAUUGAGACUGAGGAUGGAACUGCAGACAUAAGUAUCGACGCAUAUAUGAGAAGUUUCUCUGGAGAUGUAAUCUCGAGAGCUUGUUUAGGAAGCAGUUACAUCAAGGGGAAAGAGAUUUUUGUUAGGCUCCAAACUCUUGAAGAAAUUAGCGCAAAAAAAGUUUCUACUAUUGGGGUGCCUGGUUCAAAUUAUUUUCCUACCAAAGGCAAUAGGGAAGCAUGGGCUUUAGGGAAGGAGAUCCAUGCAUUGAUCCUAGAGGUAGUGAAGGAGAGGAAAGAAAGUGGGAAUGAAAAGGACCUAUUGCAGAUGGUGCUUGAAGGUGCUGAAAAUAGUGAGCUUAGCCAAGAUGAAAUCAAUCAAUUCGUCGUUGACAACUUGAAGAACGUAUACUUGGCCGCGCAUAAGCCCACUGCAAUUGCUGCCUCAUGGUGCCUCAUGCUAUUGGCUUCAAACUCAGAAUGGCAAACUCGUGUACGCACCGAGGUUCUUGAAGUUUGUGGUGGCCAAAUUCCAGAUUUUGAUAUGCUUCGCAAAAUGAAACAGCUAACAAUGGUGAUACAAGAAACGCUGCGUUUGUAUCCGUCUGGACCGGCAUUGUCUAGGGAGGCCUUAAAGGACAUAAAGAUUGGAGGCAUUAACGUACCAAAGGGUGUCAACCUCUGGACCAUGGUGGUCCCAACGCACACUGACCCUGAGAUAUGGGGGCCGGACGCGCUCAGCUUCAAUCCGGAGAGGUUUGCGAAUGGGAUCGCCGGUGCUUGCAAGAUUCCACACUCUUACUUGCCGUUUGGAUUUGGGCCACGGAUGUGUGCUGGACAACACUUGGGCAUGGUUGAACUUAAGAUGUUGAUUGCUCAGAUUCUCUCCAACUUCUCUAUUUCUCUCUCUCCCAACUAUGUCCAUUCACCGGCUCUGAAGAUGGUUAUAAAGCCUAAAUAUGGGAUUAAUCUCUUGGUGAAGAUGCUGUGA